AAACAACACAAAAACUGACAAAAUAACUGUUUGUUAACUAACAAUAUAAUAUAUAAUUUUUGUUAAACCAGCUUGUUAUUAAUAGUGUAACUCCAGUUUUAUCAUAAAUUAUAUUAAUACCUAUUAUUUUUAUAAUAAAUACGUAAAUAAUAUAACAUCCACAGUGACGUUAAAUAAAAUUAUAAUAAUAUUUUCAAAUAAAGCACCACUCUCAAGUAUUUGAACAAUAAUUAUUAUUGUCAAUUGCUAUAGACCAAAGAUUAAAGUAUGGAUCGAUCAGACAUAUCUAAGUUGGACAUUAGCUUGGACAAUAAGAAACAACACUAUCUGGCUGGCGAUAAAGUAUCUGGCUUAUUGCGAUUGACAAUACUAGGGCCGGAAAGUGCGCCCUACCCGCACAUAGGGUUAGUAUGUGUGGCCGAAUCCAAAUGGGUUGAGAGCGCCGGCACUUACUUCCACCGCGAGGGACAGGAGUACAGAGAUCAGCAGACUUACGUUGAUUUGGUCUACAAAAUGCCUGAGCAAUGUGACACUAUUGCGGUCCACUUAACAGUUGCGAAUCUCUCGACAUUAGACGCGACCCCUCGGGUCACUCUAUACGAGACUCAGGUCUAUAUGUGUGGCGAACGGCAUAAGUCAUUGCAGGCGGCCGUCACCGGACCGGUAAUGGGCAACAAAGUCAUCCAGGAAACCUGUGACUCGCAAAGUGUGUUCGUCACCAUUCCCACCACCGCCUCCCUGUCCAUUAAGAGUUUUAUCGUAAGCGUUAAAUACAUGAUUCACGUGACCCUCGAUAUACCGUACGCUCACGACUUGCACGUAGAUCUGCCAGUUGUUGUGGUGAAUAAGGAGGCGCUUGUUGAACCGGAAAGACCUAUUUUUAAUGGCAGCAAGUAGAAUUAUCUCAUAGGCAUUUAAUGCCGGAUAUUCCAUAUAUUACCAGAUAUUGCAUGUUAUACCGUAUAUGCAUAUACGGUACUCGUUAUAUCAUUAAAGUGGAGAGACCAUAAUUAAUAUUAUGGUAAAUAUACUGUAUUUUAUUUAGAUUGUAGCGUGAUUUUAAUUAAAAAUAUUUGUUGCUUAAUUAUUUAUAUAAACGAUAGUUUU